UGCUGUGCGGAGCUGCUCUCGCUGCUCCCACAGCUCCCACGAUGCACUGCUUAUAGCAGCUGUCAAAGACACUGAGGGAUCCACGGGGGAAAAAAGACUUUUACAACUGCCUGGAAGAAAGGGGUGUGAGGGAGGAGACAUUUCUGUGCAGAGCUGACCAAAGGAAAGGGUAGGCACCAGUGCAGUAUGAAUGCAUACCUCACCAAGCAACACAGCUGCAGCCGGGGGUCCGAUGGGAUGGAUGCCGGCAGGAGCGCGCCCACACUGAUCAGGGAUGCCCACUGCGCUUGUGGCUGGCAGAGGAACCCUCAGGGGCUCGGGUACAGUUCUCAGACCAUGCCCUCCUCAGGACCUGGGGGCCCAGCCUCAAACAGGACCAAGCUGGUCACCUUGUGGGACAGUGUGCGGAAAAGCCCCCACAAGACGGGCACCAAGGGCAAAGGGACUUGUGGGGAGCAUUGCGCCUGCCCACAUGGCUGGUACAGCCCAGCACAGGCCAGCCCUGCUCCUAUAAUCGUCAACACAGAUACUUUGGAUACAAUUCCUUAUGUCAAUGGGACAGAAAUUGAAUAUGAAUUUGAAGAAAUUACAUUGGAGAGGGGGAAUUCUGGGCUGGGAUUCAGUAUUGCUGGAGGGACAGAUAAUCCCCACAUUGGAGAUGAUCCUGGCAUAUUUAUUACGAAGAUUAUACCGGGAGGUGCUGCAGCAGAGGAUGGCAGACUCAGGGUCAAUGAUUGUAUCUUGCGGGUGAAUGAGGUUGACGUGUCAGAGGUUUCCCACAGUAAAGCGGUUGAAGCCCUCAAGGAAGCGGGGUCUAUCGUCCGAUUGUAUGUGCGGAGAAGACGACCCAUUUUGGAGACUGUUGUGGAAAUCAAACUGUUCAAAGGGCCUAAAGGUUUGGGCUUCAGUAUUGCAGGAGGUGUGGGGAACCAACACAUUCCUGGAGAUAACAGCAUUUAUGUAACUAAAAUUAUAGAAGGAGGAGCUGCGCAAAAAGAUGGAAGGUUACAAGUAGGAGACAGACUACUAAUGGUAAAUAACUACAGUUUAGAAGAAGUAACACAUGAAGAAGCAGUAGCAAUAUUGAAGAACACAUCAGAUGUAGUUUAUCUAAAAGUUGGCAAACCCACCACCAUUUAUAUGACUGAUCCUUAUGGUCCACCUGAUAUUACUCACUCUUAUUCUCCACCAAUGGAAAACCAUCUACUCUCUGGCAACAAUGGCACUUUAGAAUACAAAACUUCCCUGCCACCCAUCUCUCCAGGAAGGUACUCACCAAUUCCAAAGCACAUGCUGGUUGAAGAUGACUACACCAGGCCUCCGGAACCUGUUUACAGCACUGUGAACAAACUGUGUGAUAAGCCUGCUUCUCCCAGGCACUAUUCCCCUGUUGAGUGUGACAAAAGCUUCCUUCUCUCAGCUCCCUACCCCCACUACCACCUAGGCCUGCUCCCUGACUCUGAGAUGACCAGUCAUUCUCAACACAGCACUGCAACCAGGCAGCCUUCAGUGACCCUCCAACGGGCCAUCUCCUUGGAAGGGGAGCCCCGCAAGGUGGUCCUGCACAAAGGCUCCACUGGCCUGGGCUUCAACAUUGUGGGCGGGGAAGACGGAGAAGGUAUUUUUGUAUCUUUCAUUCUGGCCGGUGGACCAGCUGACCUGAGUGGGGAGCUCCAGAGAGGAGACCAGAUCCUAUCCGUAAAUGGCAUUGACCUCCGUGGAGCAUCCCAUGAGCAAGCGGCUGCCGCACUGAAGGGAGCUGGACAGACGGUGACAAUCAUAGCACAAUAUCAACCCGAAGAUUACGCUCGAUUUGAGGCCAAAAUCCAUGACCUACGGGAGCAGAUGAUGAACCACAGCAUGAGCUCCGGGUCCGGGUCCCUGCGAACCAAUCAGAAACGCUCCCUCUAUGUCAGAGCCAUGUUUGACUAUGACAAGAGCAAAGACAGCGGGCUACCGAGUCAAGGACUUAGCUUUAAAUACGGAGAUAUUCUCCAUGUUAUCAACGCCUCUGAUGACGAGUGGUGGCAAGCCCGAAGAGUCACACUGGAAGGAGACAGUGAGGAGAUGGGCGUCAUCCCCAGCAAAAGGAGGGUGGAAAGAAAGGAGCGUGCCCGAUUGAAGACAGUGAAGUUUAAUGCAAAACCUGGAGUGAUUGAUUCUAAAGGGUCAUUCAAUGACAAGCGUAAAAAGAGCUUCAUCUUUUCACGAAAAUUCCCAUUCUACAAGAACAAGGAGCAGAGUGAGCAGGAAACCAGUGAUCCUGAACGAGGGCAAGAAGACCUCAUUCUUUCCUAUGAACCUGUCACAAGGCAGGAAAUAAACUAUACCCGGCCAGUGAUCAUCCUGGGUCCCAUGAAGGAUCGGAUCAAUGACGACUUGAUAUCCGAAUUCCCUGAUAAGUUUGGCUCCUGCGUACCUCAUACCACGAGGCCAAAGCGUGACUAUGAAGUGGAUGGCAGAGAUUAUCACUUUGUCAUUUCCAGAGAACAAAUGGAAAAAGAUAUCCAAGAGCACAAGUUUAUAGAAGCCGGCCAGUACAAUGACAAUUUAUAUGGAACCAGUGUGCAAUCUGUGAGAUUUGUAGCAGAAAGGGGCAAACAUUGUAUACUUGACGUAUCGGGAAAUGCUAUCAAGCGGUUGCAAGUUGCCCAGCUCUAUCCCAUCGCCAUCUUCAUUAAGCCCAAGUCUCUGGAACCUCUGAUGGAGAUGAAUAAGCGUCUAACAGAGGAACAAGCUAAGAAAACUUAUGACCGAGCGAUAAAGCUAGAACAAGAAUUCGGAGAGUAUUUCACAGCUAUUGUCCAAGGAGAUACCUUAGAAGAUAUAUAUAACCAAUGCAAGCUUGUUAUUGAAGAGCAAUCUGGGCCUUUCAUCUGGAUUCCCUCAAAGGAAAAGUUAUAAAUUAGCUACUGCGCCUCUGACAACGACAGAAGAGCAUUUAGAAGAACAAAAUAUAUAUAAUAUACUACUUGGAGGCUUUUAUGUUUUUGUUGCAUUUAUGUUUUUGCAGUCAAUGUGAAUUCUUAUGAAUGUACAACACAAACUCUGUGAAGCCAUGAAGGAAACGGAGGGGCCAAAGGGUGGGACGGAAAAGACAUUGCAGUAUGCAGGAAGGCUUUGGUUUGCUCAAAGUACCAGGUGUAGGGAUGAACCUCUGAUUGGGCUUUCUGCCCAAGAGAUGGCAGCCUCCUCACCCCAGCAGAUGUCCAGAGCUGAUUUAGCUGCUGAGCUCUCUGUGUUUUUUGCUUUAAAGAAAAUUUGCCAGCACUCGAACCUCACCAACCUUCCCAUUUCCCACAUCUGUAAUUGGUACACUUCGAAUUUUAUAACUAUGCACAUCCUUUGAUUUCUUAACAAGCAAAUGAAAGAAAGAAGGAAAAAAAGAAAGGAGUCCCUUUGGAGACGACAUACUAUCAGGGAAGGAUAAGUAUGUAGUUUCUUUGACUGGCAUCUGCAAAGACAAGCAUUUCAUAAAAUUCGCAAGUGUACAGAGGACUAACCUUACUGAGAGGAGGGGAUUCCACCUGGGAUUAGCUUUAUGAUUGUUGAGUAUCUAUUUUGCCAUUUAUAAACUGAAAGAAGGCACUAAAGAUGAGAAUAAUUUAUACAAUAAAAAUAUAUUAAAUGUAUAGAAAUGAAUUUCUAUAGGUUAAAAAGUUUUGUGAAAUAUUUUGUAAAGACUAAUUGAAAGACUAAAUGUAUGCACUAUCAGCAGAUGAUCAAAUUCAAGAACUGAAAGUUGCACUCCCCCUUUUGUUGCCAACAAUCCAUUAAGAGCAUCUGAGUUCCUUCCAAGUCUGACAAAGACUUCUCCCUCACUUACCUCCUGUGAUCUCCCUUCUACACUAGUGAUGCACUCUCAUGGAACACAUCCCUAAAUAAGUUGCCCUCAUGAAUAUUUUUGGAAGAUAUUUGAUUAAACCACUUUUAAGCGGAUGGCUUUUCAGAGACAACCUGAAGCAAAUGAUAUGAAAGAAGUUUUUGCUUUUCUCUAAGUAAUCUGGGCCUGCCAUGCUAAUAGUUCAAUAACUUGGUUCCUAGUUACUACAUAUAAUCUUUAAAGGACCAUUUAGUAUUUUGAACAACCAUGAGUAAUUAGGAUUAUUAUUUUGUUUGUUUCACAGAAUAACAGAGUUUUGUAACAACCAGAGAUAAUAACAGAGCCAUGGGAGAUCUGUCCCAAGAUGCACUACUUUGAGGAACAGAGGGAAGAGAAGUAUCUGGUUGGGGGGGUGAGGGAUGCACACUUUUUGGAGUUUUUUGUACAGGGCAAAGAGAUAGAACCAUAAGCAAAAAUAAUUAACAACUUUGAGCGCAACCAAUUGAACUGCCUUUCUUGGGGCUGCACCUGGACCAAGUUUAUUUUUUAACAAUUAUAAUAAUAAUGUUUUAAAAAAUAAAAAAAGAAAGAAAGAAACCUCCUCCCAAAGCCUAUAAACUGAACCAGAAGAAUUAGUUUCCCACUUUCGAGCUGAUGACAUCAUCGGCAUUGCUUUUGCCCAAGGUGUUUAGAGAGAGACUUUUCAAUGAUCUCAAUAACCACUCAACUCUGGGUUCUUUGCAUGCCCAGACCAAGCCCCAUCGCCUUAUUUCUUGGGGUACAUCCAGACCUGGCAGGGAUUCUGCCACACUGUGCAGCAAACCAGCAUGUAGGCUGGACUAGGAGAGCAAGAGAUAGAGCCAUCAGAGUGAUGGGGCUUUUUCUCAGUAAGAACAUCGGAGCUCAGAAUGAGAGUCUCUUUCCAAAAACAAGGGUGUUCAUCUUAUACUAAAUACUCUUGUCUGCCUGAUUGCAGUCACCAAAACAAACACAAAAAUGCAAAAUUAUGCAUCUACCUUUAGUCUUGAGGCUACCUUUGCCAAUGGAAGGGCUAGUGAUGCAUUUUCCCUCUUAUGAAAGUUAAAUUUCCAGAGACCACCUUAGAGUGCUCAAAAUGUUAGAGAUAUGUCGAUGUCUGCAAUUUGCCAGUUUCAUCAAUAUUGCUCCCAGAAGUUUUCUGCCACCAGAAUGCCAUUUCUGAUCCCAGCUCUAUUUUUAGGCCACCAUGAUAACUUCUUUGGUUUCUCAACUGAGCAUGCAACCAUUUAUUUAAAGGACUGUCAUUAAUGAGUAGAUGUUUUUGCGGGUCAUGUGAUGUGCUUUUCAUUUAAUAGUUUUGCUGUGGCUGAGUACAAUCAAAUUGAACCACCAACCUUUGGUUUUGUAGUAAUAUAAUUAUUUAUUUUCCUAGUGUAGAUGCUUCCAGACUAGAAUUGGCAUUUGCACUGAUUUUUUUAUGUAGAUUUAUAUAAAUAUAUAUAUACAUAUAUAUUUGCUUGAAGAAUCACCAAGCAAAUUGGUGAGAGGGUUUUUUUUUUCCCCUAUAGAAUUUACAACUCCAUUUGUUGUGUUGUCUAGCGCUUCCCAAUGUUGAGGUCUCUAAGGCUCCGAUGAACUGGUGUAUUUUGCAGCAAAACUGAUGACUUGUAUGAAAAUGGCAUGAAAGUUACCCAGAUUACAUCUGGUGCAAAUGUACUUGGAGCCUGGGGCCAGACUGGUGCUAACACUGCAAACUUUGUUCGGAGCUCUCUCCAAUCUGAUGGCUUGCUGGGGGCACAAUGUCACCUUCACACGCUGGGCCCUUUCAGAAAAGUGCCAGAUCGUGUCACUGGUGCUAUUUUUCAUGCUCUGGUACAAUGUGUAGCACCAUGGGGGUCUCAGCUUUACCAAAAUCAAAAUCCCAUUUGUCAGCUAAUGGCAGGGGCAUUGUUUUCUGCUCUCCUCACACAGGAUUUGCUGGCCAUUUAUUUGCAGGUCUUUUCUCUCAGCCCCAAAUUCUUGGGUUGGCUCUGUCUGCUCAGUGAGCCCUUCUCUUUGAAGCCACACUCAGGUGCCCCUGUGAGCUGUCUUAGAUCCUACUGCCAGCCCUUCAGGACUCUAAAAGUCAGGGAAUACUCCAUAUAUCUGGCUCUUACCUCUGUUGUUUUCUCUUUUUUUUUUUUCCCUUUGCUCUCCUAUUUCAAUCUCUAUUUCAAUCCCAUGCCUCUUUCCCCCCAACACACACCUUUAUAUUUUCCUUCCUGAGUUGUAGACUUUCUCUUAUAAUCCUUCUUUACUCCCUCUCUGUCCAUCUCUCCUUUAGUCUCAUUUUCUAUCCUUUUUAUUCUUCUCUCCUUCCUUUCCUGUCUUUUCUCUUCUACUCUGAUCAUCUCCUCCCAAACAUUGCACUCCCUGAUUUUUAUUUUAUUUUAUUUUAUUCUUUUUGUCCUAUAAAGGGCUCAUGGCUGAUUCAGACAGCAAGUCCAUACACUGGACUAAUGACACAAACUCUCUGGGUCGCCAUUUCACCCACUCAGCCCAGAAAGCAAAGCUGAGUGUGAGGCCAGCUCCAGCUCGCCUCCCAGAGAGCCAGCCUGCACCACUGCCUGGACAGUGAUGAUGCACGUGCUGCGGGCCCUGCCGGCACCUGGGUGCCUCUGCCUGAACGCUGAUCCUCUGGGAGCUCACUCCCAACACCACCCCGUGGCUCUGAGGACGCUUCCUUUCAAUAAAGGCAGACUCUGGCCCCACAGAUUGUUCUCACAGCAAAUCUGUUCCUGCUCAUUGAAGCCAUGCCAUCGCCUUGGUUUGGAGAGAGACAUUUUUUCCCAUUCAUAAGCUUUCUUUUUCCCAUUUUCAUGUGAAGCCCCCUCUGCUUUUCAGCUGGUGAUUGCUCUGAUGAGACCGAAUGGACUCGCUGGUGAAAUGACAUCUCUUUUUGCUGUCUUGGUCCUGCCUAAAUUCUUACAAAAAUAUUUAAGCCAAGGAUUCAGACUAGUUUCUAAGUUUAUCACAUUAAUUUGCCCCUCCUGGGUGGGAGGGAUAAAAGGAUCAAUGCCCUUAAAGCAUAUGGAACUCCUCCUGUGACAACUGACUUGCCAGGAGACUCCUUAGAGAACUCUGUGGAUAGACGUUUUACUUACACAUGUGUAUGGAAUAUAUGGUAUUCAUACCAUGUAUGACAUAUUCUGUUGGCUAUGAAUGACUGUGGUUGGAAACCCACACAUGCUCCAGUUUGUAAAUAUCCUUCCUCAAUGAAACCUGUGCUUUGGAAAUCAUUUCUUGUACAGCUGUGCAGUUUCUUGUAGCAGCUGAGGACAAGCUAAGACAGACGGAUAAUUUAGACAAGGACCAUCUAAAAGAGUACAGCAUCUCCCUAGCAACUCAUGAGGACAGACAACCAAGUGGCAAGGUUGACUCCCAAUGGGAUGGCAAACUUUUCUUCUCUCCUUUUUGAAUUUGUGUUUCCUAAGUGUGUCUUAACUCCUGAGUGCACCAGGCUGUGCCCGUUAGAUCCUUUCAAUAUGACAAUUUUGUGCUUCUCUCUGACAGGAUGUUCCUCCAUUGAGCUGGAGUGCAGGAUGGGAGGGAGGGGGAAGUGCUCCUUCCUGGGCUGGAGUUUACAGAGACACUGCACAGCUUACACUCCUGUUAAGUGUAAAUAUUCAACACCUCCAUUCCAUUUGUGUAAAAAAUAAAGCACACACAGUUCUAAAAUCCAGAUGUAUAUUUCAUA